AGACUUGUAGCCACAAGCACACGGCUUAUUGCAUCACAUCCGUGUGAGUUAUCUGAGUGAGUAUGUGGGUGUGUGUCAGGGCUUUUUUUUUUCUCUAAAAUGUUCAGACGGAUCAGGAAGUGUGAUGCUGUGGCAAAACCAGGAGGAAGCGGCAACACAACCCAACGUCUGCCUCUUUGUGUGGUAACAUGAGAGGCCCCCGAGUGAAGACCCCGGUGCUGCUGCUGCUGCUGCUGACCAGCCUGACUAGGACAGCAUUUUGCCAAGAAUAUGCCGACAUUGAACCGACAUCAGAACCAGAAGCGCCCAGUGAAACUGAAAUCCAAGAUACCAUUCCAACUUCAGACCCAUCCAUUCCAGAAAAUGUCCCUUCAGAGACUGUUCCAGUUGAUGGGAGCGGUCAUGGAUCAGGAGAUAGUCCAACCUCGACUCUUGAGUAUGAAGGUUCAGGUGAAGAGCAAACUGAAGAAGAGGGCUUGAGCCUCGUCACCCUCCUGAUUCCUGUGGUUCUGGCAGUCGUGGUUAUUGCCAUGAUAGUUUGUGGUAUUCUCAUCAGCCGCAGCUGUAACAAAAAACUGAAAAGUCCAGAGCAGAGUAAAGAAGAUAAAGAAGAUCCAUAUUUGGAUGGGUCCAGCACAGAAAAGGUGCCAAUGCCGAUGUUUGAGGAGGAUGUACCCUCUGUCCUGGAGCUGGAAAUGGAGGAGUUGGACCAGUGGAUGAAAAAAGACUGUUAAAGGACUCUUUGUACGCAUGGAUGCACAGGAAACAAUCCAGAUGCCUGCUCUGAUGUUUAACCCUUCCCAUAAAAACCCAGCUGCAUUUGCAACCAGAGGAGCUUAUCUGCUGGCAGGAAACGUGGAUACAACACAGAGAAAAGAUGUGAUCAGUAUCUACAGGGCUGUCUUGAUGCAACAACUCGAGACGGUCUUCACUGGACUGCAACACACAGCACGUUCAAAAGUGCCUCUUUUUUGUAUUAACAUUCACCACUGUGGCCCCCACCAUUUUUUACAUUUGGGUACCUUCACUUUGGUGAUUCAUUUCAUCCAGGGUGAAAGUUUUUCCACUAAAUCCUAAUUCAGUUGCCACCAAAAGGUUUUUAAUUUCCUGCAAAUUCACCCUGCUGAAGAACAUGUUUUGUGCUGAGAAUAAUUGGCUGAUUUCCUUCUCUACCCCUCACGGUUAGUGCUCCCCGUAUUCUCCCACUGGUUUUUCCUUUGCUCAUAUAUUACACUGUGUGACUCCCUCAAGCCACAGUCUCUGAUAGGGGAGACUGUAGACAUGCAAGACAAAUAAAUGAUCUUUUAUGCCAGUUCAGAGCAGCUUAGGUUUUAUAGAGGAUUUUUUUUACUUUGAAUCUCAGACUCCUUGCCUUGAAGCUUUUCUGUGGCUUCGGAUAAAUUAUUUUCUCACACUGAAACAGCCUUCAAAAACUGCUACUGAUAAGAUUUUUAUUUCACCACUGAUAACAGAUAAUGAAGGCUUAAUACACACAGAUGCUUUUCAGAUGUUUUUUUUUCUGGUUUUGUCUCCGUAUUGUUUGAUUGAAGCAGGUAUAACACUGAUAUACUGUACCAGUAAAUAUGAGCUCUGCUUUCCGCAUUAGUCAGUAUUGUUCAGGAUUUUGCAUUGUAAAUAUCAGAAUGCCAAAUUAUAUUAUUGUCUUUUUGCCUUCAGUAAAUAUUUAAUAUCAUUGCAUAAAAUACAUUGUUCUGUUGACAGAGUUUUGUGUUAGAAUUUAAAUAAUAAUAUUUCUUAGUAAAAUUUCUUAACAAAACAAGGGUUCUGUGUUCUUUUGUCCUAUAUUUCAGGCUGUAAUUCCUCAACAAACUGUUGAAUGAAUCUCAGUGAACUGUAUACACAUUCAUUGUGUAUUGAGUGUGGAUAUUUUGUUUCUAUAAUCUGACACAAAACUAUCUGUUUAGCAAUCGGUAUAAACUGUGUAAAAUACCCCGUGGUGUUCAAAGGAAGGAAAUACAACUCUUCACUAACAGAUUAGGUCGAUGCUAAUACUAAUGAUGCUACUGCUGCCAACUUGUUGCCGUCAUGGGAGAGGAACUAUUUUCAGGACAACCCACAUUUGCUGCCUGUAUAAUUUCACUACAUGGUUGAACGACUCAGAUAAGUCUGUUUUCAAGAGCAUGCUGGUUAUUUGUGUUUUUGUAGCUAACAUUGGAUGCCAGCACGAUAUAAAUCUGUUUUCAAACAAGCACCAACCAUCUCACUUCCACACUGACACUCAUGCAGAACUAAGUUUCAUU